UCGCCGCUGCUGGGUUCUGUCGCCGCCAUCUUGCCUCUGCCGGUGAGCACGAAGAGAGAGAGAUCGUACAGAGAGAGAGAAGGCUCACGAGGGAGUCACCGCAGGAAGGAGUUCGCCGCCGUGUCCCGUUGUCUGCGCCGCUGUCAUUCAUCCUCCCUGCUGCCCGACGCCGUCGCCGUUCGCGAAGAAGAGAGGGAGCUCGCAUUGCCAUUAGAUCCACCGUUCCUCGCCACCGAGCUCGCCGCCACCGCUGCCAAUGAAGCCCUCGCCGUCGCAGGUCAGAUCUGAAGCGCGAGAGGAGGCCGCGAAGGAGGAGCCACGCCACCCUUGUUGCCCGAGAUCGCCGCCGCUGUUCGCCGCUGCUGGGUUCUGUCGCCGCCAUCUUGCCUCUGCUGGCGAGCACGAAGAGAGAGAGAUCGGACAGAGAGAGAGAGAAGACUCACGAGGGAGUCACCGCAGGAAGGAGUUCGCCGCCGCGUCCCGUUGUCUACGCCGCUGUCAUUCAUCCUCCCUGCUGCCCGACGCCAUCGCCGUUCGCGAAGAAGAGAGGGAGCUCGCAUUGCCAUUAGAUCCACCGUUCCUCACCGUUUCUGUCGCCGCCGUCAGUGCCUUGCUGUUGCCGCCGCCGCCGCGGGGAGCUACGCCUCUAUGUUUCUGGCCAUCGGAAAACCUCGUCGCCGUCGCCGGAAAAACUCUGCCACUAUCGUCACCAGAGAUCUGGUCGUUGCCGCCACUUGAGGUGGUUACCGGGGCUGCUGCUAAGCCGGUUGAACGCUGCUGGUUUGUUUUCUUAGUUCGCAGAGUUUUUCCGGCGACGGCGACGAGGUUUUCCGAUGGCCAGAAACAUAGAGGCGUAGCUCCCCACGGCGGCGGCGGCAACAGCAAGGCACUGACAGCGGCGACAGAAACGGUGAGGAACGGUGGAUCUAAUGGCAAUGCGAGCUCCCUCUCUUCUUCGCGAACGGCGACGGCGUCGGGCAGCAGGGAGGAUGAAUGA